AUGAGCUGUGGAAGCAUCCUGCUCUGUCUGGGGCUGCUCUCCAUGCUUGAUGGGGCAGUGUCAACCGCAAUCAGGCCAGAGCCCCCUCACUUCCCUCCUCCUCCUCCUCCUCCCCCCCCACCCCCUGGGAUGAACUUCACUGAACUCGGCUCGCGCAGUUUCCUUCUGAACGAGGAGGGCAUGCCUCCACAGGGGCCCGAACCAGACUACUCCUACUGUGAGGUCCUGAUGGAGGCGCCAGUGCCCCCGCCCAUUGAGAGUGUUCCCUGGUUCUGUCUCUGCAUGCACUGCAAAGGAACGGCAGGGCCCAAGGGGGAUCAAGGAGACAUGGGCCUUCCAGGCCCUCCAGGAAGCCCCGGGCGUCGAGGGUUCACCGGGUUCCGAGGUUCUCGGGGCUUUAUCGGCCGGCAGGGACUCAAAGGUCAAAAAGGCGAGACUGGAGAGAAGGGAGAUCGAGGGAGGAGUGGGUGGCAUGGUGCUAAGGGAGACAUGGGUCUGAAAGGUGACAAGGGCGACCAGGGCAGAGAUGGGUUGCCAGGAGGGAGAGGACCCCAGGGAAUGCCCGGGCAGUGCCCUGCCGUGUGCGACGGAGAGGGCAGACUAGGAGAGCCAGGACUCGCAGGGCCAGCGGGUGAUAAAGGGGAAUCAGGCAUUGCUGGCCCCCCCGGAGUGCCAGGGCAGAAGGGAGACCUGGGAGAAACGGGUCCCAGUGGGGAGCCGGGGCUGAAUGGCACAAAAGGGGAGCAGGGUGAGCAAGGGGUGUGUGAGUGCACAGAUGGGGAUAAGGGACCUCAGGGAGAGAUGGGUCCACCAGGGCCUCAGGGGUUAAAGGGGGAGCCAGGUCCAAAGGGGGAUGAGGGCCUCCAUGGUCACAUGGGUGAGAAGGGAGAUAUGGGGGACAGAGGGAUACCGGGACCCUGCUCACCUACUGUUCAGUCUGCAUUUUCAGCAUCCUUGAGAGACAUCUACCCCAGGCCCAACCUGCCAGUGCCUUUCACAGAGGUGAGCUAUAAUCUUCAAGGCCACUAUAACCCACAGUCCGGGAUCUACAUGGCGCCAGUAAACGGCACUUAUGUCUUCUCCUACCACCUGUGCGCCUUCAGUAAGGCACUCACGGUGGGCUUAUUCCGGGACUACAAGUCCGUUGUCAAAACCACACAACUUGAUGACCUGGGCGAGGCGUCUCAGAUGGUGGUGCUCCACCUGAGUGCCGGGGAACGGCUCUGGCUUCAGGUUAAAGACAGCAAUACCAAUGGGAUGUACGCAGGCCCUGAAAGCAGCAGCACCUUCUCUGGCUUCCUGCUGUACCCAGAUGCCUGUGAUGCUCCUCUAAGCAGAACCUUCCCACUGAACAGUGACUAUGCUGAUUAUAGCUGGGGGGAUGACGACUUCGUAAGCGAACCCACCCCCGGCUCUAGUACCUCCUCACCCUAACGCCACAGCCUGCCUCUCCCCCUCACCCUAGAAAAAAGGUGCCAACUCCUCACUGAAACAGGAUUCCCCUCCUCCCAACUUGGUUGAAUAAAACAGCCAAAUACCACUGAAAACAGUCAUUGGUUUCUACCAAAGUUACUAAGGUAUAUCUUGUAUCUUAUGGAAACUCUUAUUUAGAAAGUACACAUGGCAUGUUUUGCUUAAUCGUUCUCAUUGUCCCUGUUUAAAACUUCAGAUACUGCAGAGCUUGCUGAGCUGUGGAUCUGUCCUAUUUAGAACCCCAGG